GACCUAUAAUCUGACGAAUCACAUCUAGUUGGCGUCGCGUUUUUUAAGCCGGCAGGAAGAAGAAACAGUGUAAUCGCACGUGUGUUUGCAAUCGCUCGUAAUGCCGCAAGCCGAGGACGACGUAGACUUGGACGGAGUGCUGCACGAGAUCGGUCAGUUUGGGCGGUUUCAGGUGCGCCAGUAUGGGCUGAUGGUGCUGCCGAUCAUAUUUAAUGCGCUCUUUACGCUCAGUUACAUCUUCACGGCGGGGAAUCUGGAGUACAGAUGUUUAGUACCGGAAUGUGAAGAUCCUGCCACGGAAAUUUAUAAUCCUCCCUGGUUAAAUGCAACCUGGCAGGGAUUAUUGCACUCUGACGGGCGAUGCCAACGUUUGCAAUUCAUCUCAAAUGACACCCGCCUACCGGAGGGAGAGUGUACCAGUGAUGAUUUCAACACUUCCGCCAUGAUUCCAUGCGAUGCGUUCGUUUUCCAGACCGAAGAAAGCACGAUAGUGCGUGACUUUAACAUCACAUGCGCGCACAACGACUGGAAGCUUACGCUGGUGGGCACGAUCAACAACGUGGGACAGUUCGUAGCGCUUCCCAUUGCCGGAUACCUGUCGGAUCGGUUCGGCAGAAGAUGGAUCCUGCUGGUGAGUGUCGCCGGUAGUGCACUGUUCGGGUUGGUACGCUCGUUUGCGACUAGCUACGAAAUGUUUAUCGCGAUGGAGUUCCUCGAUCCGGUCAUCGGUUCCACGAUGUACACUACCGCGUUCAUUCUGGCGCUCGAGCUCGUCGGUCCGAAGAUGCGUGUCACCGGCAACAACAUUAUCUCUUGCGCAUUUUCCUUCGGCGAAGCACUCCUCGGACUGCUGGCGAUGUAUUUCCGCGACUGGCGCGUGCUGCUGCGCAUUUUGUACAUUCCCGGCCUUUUGGCGCUUCCGUUCCUUUACACAACGGUCGAGAGUGUUCGAUGGCUACUGUCUAAAAACAGAAAAGAUGAAGCAUUUACAAUCUUGAAAAGGGCGGCAAAGCUGAACGGUAAAACCAUCUCACAAGCCGCAUUCGAACGGUUCAAUUGCAUCGAGACCAAGAGUGGGUCAGCGAAAUCCCUAGAUACGCAAACUUACGCACAACUGCUACGCGAAGCGCUGGCCAAUCCCGCGCUGGUGCUGCGUGUCAUCAACUGUUCCUUCUGUUGGCUCACCAACACUAUGGUGUACUUUGGCUUGAGUCUCAAUUCCGUGUCGCUGUCGGGCAACAAGUAUCUUAACUUUAUUCUUGUCUCGCUCAUCGAGCUUCCCGGGUUCUUUUUGAUGCAACUCAUUCUCGAUCGUGUCGGACGCAAAAAGACACUUUUCACUACGCUUGUUCUAAGUGGGCUGUUUUGCAUCAUUUCCGUGUUUAUUGCUGGCAUUGAUGCUCCGGCCCUGCACCUUACCCUGUUUUUGCUCAGCAAACUUAGCAUAACAAUGUCGUUUGGCACACUGUACAUCUACACUGUCGAAAUCUUUCCCACCAAUCUACGCCAAAGCCUACUGUCUACCUGCUCCAUGUUUGGACGCAUCGGAUCGAUGAUAGCACCGCAGACACCGCUGUUGGCUAAAGUGUGGACACCGCUGCCGAUGAUACUGUUUGGCUGUCUCGGCAUCUCGUCCGCAAUAACCUCACUCCAAUUUCCCGAAACGCUAAACAACGAGCUGCCCAACACACUAGAAGAAGCUAUGAAUAUGCAGGGGAACGACAUUCCAGCAACCGACCGGUGAUUAAUACCGGUGCCGAGUAUCGAUUUUCUAAUAAAUAUCGCAAUUGUAUUAACGCA